AUGGAGGACCCUUCGGACGCUCGGCGGCCGGCACCCUUUGGAGUCGUGUGCCCCUCGGCGGUUGCCCUCUCUCUCGCCUACUCCCUGGCCAUCCUGGCCGCCUACCUGCUGGAGGUGGCCAGCCGCGGCCUGGUGUUCCGAGCGGCGGGGCCCCACCUGCCUCCCGCGCUGUCCGCCGCCUGGUUCGGCCACCAGGCCGCCACCGACGUCGCCUUCACGGUCCUCCUGCCGCUGGCCGUCACCUGGACGCCGUCCUGCUGGCCCCUGGGGGCGGCCUUCUGCCACCUGGACCCCGGCCUGGCCCUGCUGACCUUCUACGCCAGCGGCCGCCUGCUGGCCCGCAGGGCCGCCGACCGCUGCGCCUCGACCCUCUGGCCGGCCUGGGCGCUGCGCCACCGGGGUGCCCGCAGGGCGGCCUUCUGGGCCGGCGCGUUCUGGCUGCUCCUGCUGGCGCUGGGGGCGUGGGGCCGGCGGGGCGGGGGCUGUGGGGGUCCGGCCCGGCCUGAGAACAGGACUUCGGCCAGGGGGCUGCCCCACUUGUCCAGCCUGGCGCUGAACCAGCUGGUGUUCGGCUUUGGGGUGCCCCUGGGGGUCCUGGGCGCCCUCCACGUCCUCCUGCGGGCCCAGCUGCGCCUGGCUGGGCUCACGGGGAGGCCGCCGCUGCUGGGGCUGCCCUGGGCCUCGGGGGCCCUGCUCUUCCUCUGCUGGUUCCCCUUCCACCUGCUGAUGCUGCUGAGGCUGCUGGAGGCGCGAGAGGCCAGUCUGGGCCUGGCCGAGGUCUGGGUGCUGCUCAGACCCCUGGGGCUCGUCCUGGCGGGGGCCUGCGGCUGCCUCAACCCCCUGCUCUAUGUGUGCGGGGACCAGGCCUUCAGGCAGCGGCUGUGGGGGACCCUCUGGUCCUGCCCAGGGGAGGGUCUGGGGAGGAGGCAGGGGGGGUUGGGCGAUGGGGAUGCAGGUCCAAACUUCCUGCCGGGACCUGAGGGGGGGCAGUGA